CUUACUUGUAAAUACAGUGUACAUAUAAAUAUGAGCACACAAAAUCGAAAUAGCGGCGGGGGUCGCAACCAAAAAAAAUCAAAUUCUGGCAGUGGAGGUGGUGGAGGUGGGGAUUCUGCCCUACAGACAUCAACUAAAAAAACAGAUGUCUCAAAGACAGAAAAAGAAAAAUCGCAUCCAAAGCCAACUGCUGAACAGUUACGUAUAGCCCAGAUCACCAAUAGUAACACAUCAGAAGAUCCGCAAAUGCGCGAAAAAGUCGCUACACUUAUUGAGAUGACUCAACGUUCUGAAGAGGAAGUAUGUUGCGCAUUAUAUGAAUGUGAUAACGAUUUAGAACGUGCUGUUGUAUAUCUCUUCGAGACACUUCCAGUGGGAGCAUUUGAGACAUCUUCGAAGAAGAAAAAGAACAAAGCUGCAAAUGCCGGUCAAGAAAGUGCUGGCGGUGAUGGAGAAUGGACUGACACCAAUGCAAACACUGACAGACGUGAGAAAUCACGUAAUCGGAGUAGUAACCGUGGCGGACGCGGCGGCACCGAUAGUCGGGGCUGGCGCGGCAGAGAAGCUCGUGAGAAUGAACGUAAUUUACGUGAUUCACGUGGCGGUGAUGAUCGCAAUGACAACUAUCGUCGUAGAGAAGGUGGUGGAGGUGGCGGUGGUGGUCGGAGUGGUGGUAGCCGUGGAGCUGGUUAUGCUGGUCGUGGAGGUCGGGGUGGCGGUCGAUUUGGCGCUGGUGGCCGUGGCACUGGUAGUCGCGGUGAACGUGGAUAUAAUUCUCGAUCUGGCACCAAUGAAGAUCACCAUGAGGUAGAGUUAUGGGACAAUACUAUUGCUCAGAACGCUGAGAAGCAACAGCAACAAAUGCAAGAUGAUGCUUGGGGUGACUGGGAUAAUGAAGAAUAUGUGGGCUCGCUUAAAGACAGUAAAGUAUUUACCACAAGCAAUCUGCCAAAUCAGACGGCAGCAAGUGUGGUAAGUGGUGGCGUUAGUAGUAUGAGUGGCGUGGUAAGUGGUGGUACAAGUGAGAUAUCGGCACCUCCCGGAUUGGAACAUCACUUGGGCAGUUCAAGUUUGGUUGGCACUCCAACUUCGCCGCAGCAGCAAGGAUCUCAUAUGAAUACACUUGUUAGCAACUCAGUGGGUAUUGCAAGAUCAAGUCCGUCUGGUGGUAAUAAUAGCAUAAAUGACGAAAGCUCAACUGUAAGUUCAGUUGUGCAGUCGGCUUCGACGUCCACAACUCCCAUGAUGCAAUAUAGUGCAGCAGUGACCAACACACAGCUAGCUCAAUCACAGUCACUGACUUCUCAGCAGCAGCAGCAACCGCCGGUGCUAGCUGGUUCAAGUAAUUUGACGGCAACGGGUCUUAGUAACACUCCGUAUGGCAGUGCAGCGGAUACGUUUUCGAAUGCUGCUACAGCGGCUGCAAAUUUGGUUCAGCAAGUGCAGCAGCAACAGCAACAACAGCCACAAGGGCAAAUCAAAACUUCGGCAACACUUUCCGUGGAGCAAUCUCAGUAUUUCAAUUCUUUGACAUCGCAGAAUGCUGCAGCCACAGCUGUGCAACAACCAUUACAACAGCAACAGCAGUUACCAUCGUCGUAUGCACAAAAUGCGGCCGCCGUGCAGUACCCGACAUCGUACGCAAACGUAUUUGGCUCAGCUGCUGUAACUACCCCAGCGGCAACGAGUGGCCUGGGCGUGUCUGGCGCUGAUCAAACACAACUCUCAGGUGGCGUACAACAGCCACAGGUGCGAAGAGCACGUGCCAAAUUACCACCGCCUUCGAAGAUACCAUCGACCGCUGUGGAAAUGCCAGGAGAUACGUUGAAUAAUAUUGGCUACCUGGAUGUUCAAUUUGGAGGCCUUGACUUCGGCACAGAAGAUUCUUUCGACACUUUGCCUGAAAAGUUUGGUGCCGCUGUGACGAUUGAAAGUCAACAGCAGCAACAGCAGACACAAUCGCAACAGCAAUUGGUGCAAUCGCAACAGGAUGUGUCAACAGAUUAUCAAAACAAAAGCAAUGUGCAACAACAACAAAGUUCAUUGUCGGCAGGGUUACAGAGUACACAACUUGGUGAGGCAUUAUCAACUGGCUACUCGCAACGAGGCUCAGCAGCUGUGCAACAGCAACAACAGCAGGUUGUCAGCGGUGGAAAUGGAGUUGGUGUAGGUGGUGGUGCCUCCUCUGUUGGCGGCACCACAAAUCACACAUUAGAUUUGAGUAAAAGCGACCCAUACGGUCAGCCACAGAGUGUUACGAACUCAACCGGUGGCUAUCCAACGAGCGCUUACCAAACUGGUGUAUCUGUAGCUAACAAGACUGCAAAUGCUUAUCAGCCAUCUGCUGCCGGGCAAGUGUACAAUAGCAGUAGCUAUGCAAAUGUACAGUCUUCUGUUGCAAAUACGUACCAACCUCAAUCAUAUGGUUCGUAUCAGCAAACUUCGAUGAAUUCCUAUCAGCAACAAGCGGCAGUGAGUGCGCAAACGGGAUCGAAUUCAGUAGCGGGGGGCGGAGUAAACGUUGGUAGCAGUGGAAAUGCAGCACAAAACAUUCCCGCAGUUGGGGGCAGCGGCGGCAACAGCAAUGCAAACAAUACAAAUACCGGAUAUUUGUCUACCGGCUACCCAACGCAGCAAAGCGCGUACCAGUCCAGCCAAAGUGUGUACGGUGGAACUGGUCUGUCAAAUAGCUCAGGGUUCGCCGGUAGUACAAACACUUCGUCCUCUCAAUACACUAACUUUAGUACAAGUGCGAAAUUGAAGGAUGCGGCAACAGCGUCUAGUGGUUCGCAUUACGAGAGUGUAUCAUCUAGUAAUGUGGCAAGCAAUAGUGGAUCAACUGGGAACUCGACAGUGUCUGCUAAUUCGUCGGGCAAUGCGACUUCAUCGGUUAAUUCCAACUCGAAUGUGAAUAGCAACAGCUCGGGCGUGGCGGCAAGUAAUAAUGUAAGCAGUGUUAGCAACAGUAAUGUGAAUACGAAUAGUAGCAGCACUGUUAGCGGCGGGGGAAGUGGUGCUAGCGGUGGUGGUAGUGGCGGUUCUGGUGGCAGUGGAGUUGGUAGUAGUAGCAGCAGCAACCCUGCAUCUGUGGUUGCCGCAGCAGCUGCGGCCGCGUCAGUAUCAUCGUCUUCAAAUAAGACAAGCGCUAGCGGAAUGGUGCCCAACAUCCAAAUGGUUAGUCAAUAUAUUCAGACUGGAUUGCCAUUCUAUCAGCAACCAGUUUAUUCUUACGAGGAUAUACAAAUGAUGCAACAGAGAGUGCCACACGUGCAAGGUUAUUACGAUCUCAACUACACUCCGACUAGUUUGGGCACCGGCCGAGAUAAUUUGGGUUCCGUAGCAUAUUCUACCAUGACUGAUGCACGUUUCACAAGAACGGACAAUAAUUCUAGCCCAGUUAGCAAUGUAUCAAGUACAAUGUCACAGCAAGCAGGCUCGGGCGGUCCCAUGCUGAAUGUUCCUUACUACUUCUAUAGUGGAAACGUUAUGCCUGGCAGUUUUCAGUAUGGCACACCAGCAAUCUAUCCGCAGCAAAUUCCUGCUGCUAAUACAGCGUCUGGUGGCCAAUUUCCAAAGCCUUCUUAUAGCACUGGUUACGGUUCGACAAGUUAUGACGCAUUGUCACAAGCUUCGCAGGAUUAUACAAAGGGCGCUUAUCCGUCAAGCGUAAAUCAGCAAACGAAAUCACAAAAUGUGGCGAACCCGCCACAAACCGGAUCAAGCUCGGACAUAACAUCGUCCAUGUAUAGUAAGGGACAUGUUGCGCUGAAUAAAGUCAAUUCAUAUGAGAAACAAAAUUUCCAUUCGGGCACUCCGCCACCAUUCAAUAUGCCCAAUACGCAGACAGCUGGUGGAACUUCAGCUCAGCCGUACGGCAUGUAUUUGCCAAUGCCGACUGCUGGUCAUCACAAUAUGAUUCAUCAGCCAAUCCAUCAGAUGGACGGCAGGAUUCAUAAUUCAUCCCGCCGGGAUUCGAAUAGCACGGGCCAACGGCAGCAAACAAGUAGCCAAUCGAAAUCGGCUGCUAAGCAAGGCUACUCGCCUUCUUAUUGGACCGGGCAAAAUUGAACGUAAAGAGGAAACCCUAAACUCACGCAUUAACGUAUUCAUAUAUGUUUACGAUUGUAGUAUAUGAAACUCGAUUCCGAUUAAUUAACAUCAUCCAAUCAGCGCUAAAAAUCGGUUCCCGAUGCAUGCUACCGCGUGUCCACAACCACAUACAUUACACAUUAAUUUUUCAUAUUGUCUGUCUGACUAUCCUAUUAUUUUUUACACAUAUGUAUGUAUUUAUACUUAUGUACAAGUAUAUUAGUAUAAAUAGAAGAUAAACGCAUAAUAUCGAGGAUUCAAAUUUUGUAUGUUCCACUCCUACGUUGUAGCGAAGUUCCGUCUUUAAGAUCAAUCCACUUAUUCAAAUUGUACUUUACUAAGAUACAAAAACAAAAAGGUAUGCCCUAAAACCAUUACCCCACAAACCCACAUUCAUACUCGUACAUCUGUAAUUCACUCUCAUACACACGAAUAAAUUAUAAAACUGAAAGAAAUAAAGAAAAAAUAACACUUAGGUGUAGAAUGCUAUUACGAAGCAAAGAGAGUGUUUAAUAAGUAAUACACAGCAGUGGAGAAGAGGCCACACACACACACGGCACAGUUGAAAGGAAAUAACAAAAAGUAAAUAAAAAUUUAAAUAUUGUAAUCGGUUUAAACUAUAUGUAUAAUUAUAUAAUAACCUUAAUAUUUAAAUUAAAUACAAAAUACGAUUAAAUCCAAAAUAAACACAACAAACGCAUAGUUCAUACGCAUGCGCGGUGAAGUCGAAAUUUAAAA